AUGGAGCCCAGGGGCCAGGUGGAGCCCAGGUCAGAGACGAGGGGCCAAGUGGAGCCCAGGUCAGAGACGAGGGGCCAGGUGGAGCCCAGGUCAGAGACGAGGGGCCAGGUGGAGCCCAGGUCAGAGACGAGGGGCCAAGUGGAGCCCAGGUCAGAGACGAGGGGCCAAGUGGAGCCCUGGUCAGAGACGAGGGGCCAAGUGGAGCCCAGGUCAGAGACGAGGGGCCAAGUGGAGCCCAGGUCAGAGACGAGGGGCCAAGUGGAGCCCAGGUCAGAGACGAGGGGCCAGGUGGAGCCCAGGUCAGAGACGAGGGGCCAGGUGGAGCCCAGGUCAGAGACGAGGGGCCAAGUGGAGCCCAGGUCAGAGACGAGGGGCCAAGUGGAGCCCAGGUCAGAGACGAGGGGCCAAGUGGAGCCCAGGGCUCCAAUACCUAGUGGAUCAUCGCUUGUGUUUUCCCCCUCAACGCCACAGUUACCAGUCUGUUUGGCUAACAUACCACUCCUUGUACUGAGGAAAACCAUCUCACUUACCUUUAAACAGACCGUACCUCAGUCUUUAAGAACCCCCCCCUCAGAGGGAAAACCAUCUCACUUACCUUUAAACAGACCGUACCUCAGUCUUUAA